AGCGGGCAGCGGGAAUGCCGGGCGGCGUGGGGGCGGGGCCUCACGUCGGGUACAGUCAUCCCAAGCCUCUGCGGCGGGAUUGUGAUGGCCGGAGAGAUGACGAUCUUAGGAUCAGCUGUUUUGACUCUUCUGUUGGCUGGCUAUUUAGCACAACAAUAUUUACCAUUGCCUACUCCUAAAGUGAUUGGUAUUGACCUUGGCACCACCUAUUGUUCCGUUGGGGUGUUUUUUCCUGGUACAGGAAAAGUAAAGGUGAUUCCAGAUGAAAAUGGGCAUAUCAGCAUACCCAGCAUGGUAUCUUUUACUGACGAUGAUGUGUAUGUGGGAUAUGAAAGCUUGGAGCUGGCAGAUUCAAAUCCUCAAAACACAAUAUAUGAUGCCAAAAGAUUCAUAGGCAAGAUAUUUACCCCAGAGGAGCUGGAGGCUGAAAUUGGCAGAUAUCCAUUUAAGGUUUUAAACAAAAAUGGAAUGGUUGAGUUUUCUGUGACAAGUAACGAGACCAUCACCGUUUCCCCAGAAUAUGUUGGUUCUCGACUCUUGUUGAAGUUAAAGGAAAUGGCAGAAGAGUAUCUUGGAAUGCCAGUUGCCAAUGCUGUCAUUUCUGUACCAGCAGAAUUUGAUCUAAAACAGAGAAAUUCAACAAUCGAAGCUGCUAACCUUGCAGGAUUGAAGAUCUUGAGGGUAAUAAAUGAACCUACAGCAGCAGCUAUGGCGUACGGUCUCCACAAGGCUGAUGUCUUCCAUGUCUUGGUGAUAGACUUGGGUGGAGGGACUCUAGAUGUGUCCUUACUAAAUAAACAAGGAGGGAUGUUUCUAACCCGAGCAAUGUCCGGAAACAAUAAACUUGGAGGGCAGGACUUCAAUCAGAGAUUGCUUCAAUACGUGUAUAAACAGAUCUAUCAAGCGUAUGGCUUCUUCCCCUCUAGGAAAGAGGAAAUCCACAGAUUAAGACAAGCUGUGGAAAUGGUCAAAUUAAAUCUGACUCUUCAUCAGUCUGCUAACUUGUCUAUAUUACUAACAGUAGAGGAGAAGGAUAAGAAGGAACCUCAGAGUAGUGACACUGACCUGCCGAAGGACACGCUUUCCUCAGCAGAUGGCCACCAGGUGGACAGUGGAUUUGGACCUGGUCUUUUUGAAAAGAAAACUGGAGGAAGUCAAGUUUUAUUUGAAACAGAAAUAUCACGGAAGCUCUUUGAUACCCUUAAUGAAGAUCUCUUCCAGAAGAUACUCGUACCCAUUCGGCAGGUGUUAAAAGAAGGCCACCUAGAAAAGACUGAGAUAGAUGAGGUGGUUUUAGUUGGGGGCUCUACUCGUAUUCCUCGAAUCCGCCAAGUCAUUCAAGAGUUCUUUGGAAAGGAUCCCAAUACAUCUGUAGACCCUGACUUAGCCGUGGUAACGGGAGUGGCGAUCCAAGCAGGGAUUGAUGGAGGCUCUUGGCCUCUCCAAGUGAGCGCUUUAGAAAUUCCCAAUAAGCAUUUACAAAAAACCAACUUCAACUGAAUUCUGGAGGAAUCAUGAUAAUUUAUGAUCUUAUCUGAUGAGCUUUUCCCUUUAUCAGACUACCUCCUCCAAAACAAAAGAAAGUAUCUAAAAUAUCUCACAAAAUUUCCCACAUUUAGAUACAGGAAAUUUUUAUGUAGCAUUUUGCUUUAGGAUUAAUUGUGAACAGAUUCAUCCUACUUGAUGUUGGAGAGAUACCAUUCCAGCAAAUAUGGGAAAAUUGAGGUAAAACUGUCUUAAAAGAGCAUGAAUGACUAUAUUUUCUGGAUUCUGGAAGUAGAUAACCAUAGGCGCUUAACAUUAUAUUCUGUAAACAUUAAAUAGUGCCAAUUAUAAAAUAGUGCCAGUUCUUACUAAAUUGUAUUAGCAGGAGCUGGUAAUUUCCUUACUUGGUUAUCAAAUGUGACCAUUAAUUUGAAUUAUACUUGAAGGACAGUAUUGAUGUCAGGUAUUUACAUUGGCUGGGAGAUAGCCGUAUUAUUAGUAUAAGCUGCGUACAUAAUAUUCAGUAGCUGCUGCAUUAUACAGUGUAUUUUACAUUUACUUACAAAUUCAGUAUCCUGUUAUCUGUCAUAUUCUCAUAAUCUGCAUUUUCUAUGUUUUGAAUGUAUUCAAUAGAUCAGUUUUCUUUCUAAAACAGCCACAGGUUUAUUCAAAUGUUUCAGUACUAGACAGUGGAAAUACCUACUGUAUAUUCUAGUUCCUUCAUUUCGUGUAUCAUUCUCUGGCUUUCUAUGAUUCUGUUGUGUUAGAAAAUAAUCAGAAAUUAUUAGUUGCAUUUUUAAAAUGUUUUA